AUGACUCUCCAGUUGGGGGUCACCAUAGUGGAAAUCAUACUGCGGCAAAAGUGCUUGAAUGUGGCUAUUAUUGGCCAUCGAUCUACCAAGAUGCAAACCAAAUGGUCAAGGCAUGUGAUCAAUGUCAAAGACAAGGUUGAUUAUAUCUCCAAAUGGGUUGGGGCAAUUGCCUUGCCGAACAAUGAGGCAAGAAGUGUAACCACCUUCCUGAAGAAGAACAUAUUUACUCGGUUUGGAACCCCAAGGGCCAUCCUUAGUGAUAGUGGUUCUCACUUUUGCAACAAAGCUUUUGCCAGGUUGCUCGAAAAAUAUGGACUUAAGCACAAGGUGGCUGCCCCUUAUCAUCCUCCUCUGUCAAGUGGUCAAGUUAAAAUCUCCAACCGGAAGAUCAAAAAUAUUCUAGCAAAAACUGUUAAUGCAAACAAGACUGACUAG